AUGUCGCUACGAGUAAUUAUUGGAAACAAAACUGUAACAUUCAAAGUAGCACCAAAUGAUAACAGUCUCAGUCCUAGAGUUUUCUGCCCGUGCUGUGAGGGUGUAUUUGCGAGAAACUAUGCAAAGCGCCACUACAUCAGAACGCACUUGGAUCCUGGAUAUGGAAGUGAUGGAGACAACCCAAACGACGAGGAUCCUGUGGAUACAGAAGAGAAUUAUGUGAUACCAGUAAUUGCGAAUGGAAAGAGAAAACUUAAUCCCGCUCCAUUUCCUGCGUCAAGGACAAACGAUGAAAUUAUUAAAAGACUUCGAGGCGAUAUCCCUCCAAAAAUGUUUAAAUCCGCAAUGGAGUCGAUGUCAGCAAAUGCUUUUAAAAUUUGUCACCGUGGAGACAGUGAGAAUAGCUACGGAGCAAUUUUGCCUCCAGAAACAGCCGAAUUUCUCCAAGAGCUACUUCCUCGAGAAUAUGAAAUUCUCCAGAUUUCCGAUGACUCCAACGGAAUAGACCAGCCAAAUCCCGUCGACAUUGAUCUGGAGGUAACCCAUGUACCCGUUUCAGAAGAUACUCUUCCUUCAAUCGAAAUUGGUGGCAUGAUAGGAUUGGAGCGAGUUCUUGGGGCGAUACUAGAAACAGGGCCACGUCGGCUACGGAUUCUAUGCGCGGAAGUUUACAACCGGGAUCCAGUCGAAGAUCCGCAUGCAGAGUCGACGAAAAUACGCCCGACAAGCUUGCCAACAAUCAGCCCUGCCACACAAUACGAAGGGAGACUUAAAAUUGUGCAAGUCCCAGAUCUGUUCAGCAAUAGGAAGCUAGUGAUCGGCGUAAGAGGAUAUAACUAUCUGGUUACUUCUAGUCUCUGUGGUAGGGAGGCACUUGUCGGGCCCAAACGCUGCGCAGAUUUUCCAGUUAAUCACACAACGAAGAUGAACGUUAAGAGACAACUACAGGAUGCGUACAUGCUCCAAGGUGAUGUACUUGGUCUAGCCCAAAUAAGAAGUGGAUUUGGGCAUUUAACCACCUAUUCAUCCCGUCGCGGGGCGUUGCAAGGCUUCGGAGCACCCUCUUUGAUGCCCGUGUCUAUCUUCACGUUGUCACAGAGAGGUGUCCCAAACUGCAAUGUAUUUAGACAGCUCGCAAUUCGAGCGAGAGAAAGGAAUAAGGCCAAAAUCGUUCUCCAUAUUAGAGACGUAGACGUGCCAGAGGAUAGCGACAACACCAAAUCUGCAGAAGUGAUACGAAGUCUCAGGGGACUCUUCACCAAUGGCCAUCGGAUAACCAUUUCUGGAAACAAAGACGCUGAAGACCUUCUUAUGAAAUUGGCUCAGAUUUUCUCUCCCAUGAUUUCAGACAAAAAUCGUUUAGUGGCAGCAAAGCUUGCACUUAGGGACAUCAAAGGAGGGUGUCGUGUCCGAUUUUUCGAAGUUUGGCUGAUCGGUAGCCCUGGGUAUCCUCUUUCGAAUGAUCCAGGCCACAGGUCUCAGAUCCCAGAUGGAGCUGGGAACCAUAAAGGACGUCAGAAGUUGGUUCUAGCUGCCAUUGUAUGCACUUGGAAAGAGCUUGCACUUAGGGACUUCAAAGGGGGUGUCGGAUUUUUCGAAAUUUGGUCCAUCGGUAGCCCCGGGUAUCCUCUUUCGAAUGAUCCAGGUCCCAGGUCUGAGGUCCCAAUGUUGGAGGAACAAUGGACGUUUAAAGUCCACGGUCCAGAGUAA